CACUUUUUUCGUUUUUUUUGGGCUGCAUGGACAUGAAAGCAAACGGCCCGACGUGGUUAGGUUGCUUUAAUCAGAAAACAUCACGUUUAACUAUGUCUGAAGAUAAAUAAACCAAGCUGUUUUAAAACGGUGUUUAGUGAGUGCUCGUGCGAUUUUUAUUUAUUUAUUUAUUUUUUGCCGAAACUUUUGAUGAACGUAGAAAUCUGAUGCGCAACGGGGUGACGUCACGUCUACGAUAACUCGAUAAAUUAAACACAUUCAGAACUGCUGAGUUGUCUUCUUCUAAGUGAUCCUGGUUAGUAUUCAGUCAUGGCUCGAGGUUGCAUUUGCUGUGUUAAGUACAUGCUCUUCCUCUUUAACCUCUUUUUCUGGCUGGGCGGCUGUGGUUUGUUGGGGGUUGGAGUUUGGCUUUCUGUUUCCCAGGGUAGCUUUGCCACCCUGUCUCCCUCGUUCCCCUCGCUCUCUGCCGCCAACCUUGUCAUCACACUGGGCACUGUUGUUAUGGUAACAGGUUUCUUUGGCUGUCUGGGUGCCAUCAAGGAGAACAAGUGUCUGCUGCUAAGUUUUUUCAUUGUUCUGUUGAUCAUCCUUUUGGCUGAGCUGAUCCUCCUCAUCCUUUUCUUCGUGUACACAGACGAGGUGAGGGAAAAUGCCAGACAGGACCUGAAAGAAGGGCUGAUGCUCUACAACACAGAAAGCAAUGCAGGCCUGAGGGACGCAUGGAACACCAUACAAAGAGGGUGGAGGUGCUGUGGUGUGACAAAACCAGACGAUUGGUCCAGCUUCAUGCUGGAGAACGUUGUACCAGACAGCUGCUGCCAGCAGGUUUAUCUGAACUGUGGACGCAAUGCAUCCAACUCCUUCUGGGCACACGGCUGCUAUGACAAGGUGGAGCAGUGGGUGGAUGAGAACAAACACCUGCUGGGAACUAUCGCCAUGUGUGUGUUGGUCAUACAGCUGCUGGGCAUGGCUUUCUCCAUGACGCUUUACCAACAGAUCCACCGUGCAGGAAAGAAAUACCAAGCUUGACAUGAUUUAGACCCUUUCCAGAUCAGCUCGGGUACUGAAAAAAGCCAGUUAUCAUGCGUGCCAUUGUUACCAUUUUUGUCUUAUCUACUCCAUUAUUGUUUUGAAUAUCGUUCUUAUUCUUUUGUUUUUCAUUAAUAAACGUUGACUGACAGUAGAGCGGGUUUAAAGCCCUGCCUGUGGUAAAUGACUAUUAUCAACUAACGUGUUAAAUAAAGACCAAUAUUUGUCACCAA